UACUCCAAACAAAACGAAGCGUAAAGAAGCCAGAACGUCGUCGUUGUCGUCGUCAAAAUGGCAGAAGCAGUUGCUACUUUCGCCAUUUCCAGUUCAACUUCACUCCCUCUCCGCCGCACACCGAUUUACAGUUACCGAUCUCAAUCUUCCACUCUUCGCUUCCUUCCCUCUCGUUUUCCCGCGUUCGGUUACUCAGCUCGUUCCGACCGCCACGUGUACGCCGCUGUAGUCUCUUCCGAUUCCAUAACUGCUCCAGUUAUUACUCCUGAGUUGGAUACUACUGGUCCUGGCGGUGGUAGCGUCGGAGACGGAAAGGGUUUUGGCGGAGGAGGCGGCGGAGGUGACGGUGGAGGUGGUGGUGAUAACAAAGACGAGGAAGGAGAAGGAUCGGACGGUGACGAGAGGAAGAUGGGUUUGUCAAUGUCGCAGAAAUUGACUCUAGGUUAUGCUGCCCUCGUCGGAGUGGGUGGUUUAAUGGGCUAUCUCAAGAGUGGUAGCCAGAAGUCACUUUUGGCUGGGGGCUUGUCUGCCUUGCUGCUGUAUUAUGUUCAUACUGAGCUACCUUUAAGGCCUGUCUUUGCAUCAUCUCUGGGCCUUGGUAUAUCUGCUGCACUUCUUGCGGUGAUGGGUUCUCGUUUUAAGAAAUCAGGGAAAGUCUUUCCAGCAGGUGUUGUGUCACUUGUGUCACUCAUAAUGACCGGCGGUUACUUGCAUGGAAUUAUGCGCAGUGCACACUAGAAUGUAGAUAACGAACAUGCGAUAUCUUGUAAACGUUGCUCCUGUUACUGUGAUACUUGUGUGUUGUCCUGCAGACCCAUAGUUUCAAUGUUUAGUCUUACUUAUAGAGACCUUCUUUGUGAAAUAAGCAUGUCAAGUAUGAAUGAGUGUUUGGCCA